AUGGACUCGGAUUCAGAAUAUGAGUAUGAGUAUGGGACUGAGACAGAGUCCUUCUAUCUCAACCUGGACUUGACCUCCCACCACGGCGCAUUACGACCACCUCGCCGUCGCGACAAAUCCUCCGCCGCGAAUACAGACGACAAUGGCUUUAGCAACCAAGAAGCCUUUACCCCGAUCGACACUACCGAGAGGGGUGUCCUCCCAGAUGAGCGAAUCCAGAUUCUCGGUCUGCACACGUGCAACCCAGUGGUAUCGUACUACAACCAAAUCUUCAGCUGCUCCUGGGCGGACCAGAUCGGCACCGAACUAGUCUUCGCCAACCCCGACACAGACCCUGAUAUGGAUAGCCACCCCACAGAGCCGUUGCACCGUGGACCCUCCUACGAGCUUAUCGCCGCCAACAGCGCAAAGAUCAUCGGUCGCAAAGCCACACUUAUCACAAGCUCCAAGGGAACGGACCCAAACCUAAACCUGGCUACAUCUGCAGAGGCGUCCUCUCAGGGUCCAGCAUCCCAAGGCGUGCCCCGACGAGCCGCACCGACGCACCAGACACACUUUAUUCAACGACUGCAGGAGAUCAAGUCGGCCAAGGGAGAGUCGGAUCCUGUCCGUACGGUCAUGAGUCAAAAGCGCAACGUGAACAUUGGCGACCGGGUGAGUGGCUGGGCUCGUACCGAAGCGCAGAUGGCUGAGAUUGACCGACUCAACCAACGUGCUCUCCAGGGAGACCCAGAGGCUCAGGCGACCCUGGAGCAGCUGAUCCAGGAACUUAACGCGUCUGAGAGUUCUGAAUCAGAUGGGUCUGGUGAUGAGAGCUCUGCAUCUUGA